UUUAUACAGGCAAAUGUUAUAAUUAUGCACAAAUCUUUUGCUGAUGAUUUUGAAAAUUUUUGUCAAGCAAAUGAUGGGCCACUUCCCUUACUAUACAGAAGUAAGCCAGGAGAAUGGAAAUGUCCUUUCUUAAGCAACAGUUCUGAUAUAAGAAGUGAUUGCUUGCAAUACAGGAAAUAUGAGCAUGGAAUAUCCAUAGGAAUUCUGACAAGUUUGAAAGAAUAUUCUGAACAGCUUAAAGACAUGGUGACCUUUUAUCUAGGAUGUAGUUUUACAUUUGAAAAGGCACUCCAGAAGGCUGGCAUUCCCAUAAGAAAUGUGGAACAGAAAUGUAAUGUAAGCAUGUACAAGACUGCUCUUCCUUGCUGUGGUACUGAAUAUUUUCACUGUAAUCUAAUAGUAACUAUGAGACAUAUUCCUAAAGACAAACUGAAGGAGUGUGUGCAAAUAACCCAUCCAAUGAAGAAAUCACAUGGAGCACCAGUUCACAUUGGUUCUUCUGGUUUGUUAGGAAUUAAAGAUCUUUCCAGUCCAGAAUAUGGUGAUGCAGUACAAGCUCACCCUGGAGAUGUACCAGUCUUUUGGGCCUGUGGAGUAACAGGGAUAGAAGCUGUCAUCAAUUGUAAAUCUCCACUGGCUUUUACCCAUUCACCUGGUUGCAUGUUUAUCACUGAUUUGAAAGUUGAAGAUACAGCUGGUAAUGAUAAAGAACUCCCUGAAGUCCACUGUAUUUGUCAGGAUCCUUUGCAUUAUAGCAUUGCUUCAACAGCAGCUGUAAAGAAAAUAAGAUGUUUAGAAGAUAUAAUAGGAAUAGAUCCAGGCAACAGAGGUAUUAAAGAUCUGUGUUGUCAGGAUGAACUUCUGAAGGCAUGCCUGUCGCUUUCCCAUGCAAAGUCAGUGUUGAUCACUACAGGAUUUCCCACCCAUUUCAAUUAUGAGCCUCCUGAAGAAAAUGAUGGGCCACCUGGAGCCAUUGCAAUGGCAGCCAUCUUGAAAGCCAUGGGAAAAAAUGUAGUUAUAGUAACUGAUCAAAGAGCUCUCGAUUUAAAUAAAAAGAUUAUCAAGGAAGCUGUUGAGCAAGAAAUACUGGAAACGCCAAUCCCUGUGAUCAGCUACCAAAGCAAUUCUGCAGAUUCAGCUCUGCAAUUCUUAUGUGAAGAUGGGAAUCCAGAAAAGCCAAGAUUUAAUCAUUUGAUAGCAAUAGAGCGUGCUGGGAUGGCUGCUGAUGGCAAUUACUAUAAUGCAAGAAAAGUUAACAUUAAGUAUCUAGUAGAUCCCAUUGAUGAACUCUUUUUAGCUGCGCAAACUCUCCCAGGAAUUACUACAACAGGUAUUGGGGAUGGAGGAAAUGAAUUAGGAAUGGGAAAAGUAAAAGAAGCUGUAAAGAAGCACAUUAAAAAUGGUGAUGUUAUAGCUUGUGACGUGGAAGCUGAUUUUGCAGUUAUUGCAGGGGUUUCCAACUGGGGAGGCUAUGCUAUAGCUUGUGGGCUUUAUAUCCUCAAUACAUGUGAAAUACAUGACCGCUAUCUGAGGAGAGCUGUUGGAUUUCCCAGGUUUUCCAAGUAUAAGAACUGGGCAUCGGCAUUACCUUCUGUGGCUAAGGAAGAAAACAUGUUGAAGAUACUACAGCGACAUCACGUUCGCAGUGGAAAAACUGCAAGUUUGGCAAUGGAAGUGGAUGGUCUGCCAUUCUUUGACAUUCAUUCACAUUUAAUAGAGAGGCUGCUGGAGGAAACUUUCAAAUAAUACUCCCUCUCUAAAAAUAUGAUAUAUUAAGCACUUUUAGUCCAGAAUAUAUAGUACCACCACACUCCCUGUUCAUAUACUUUACCACAGUUUAGUCUAUUCCAAAUGUUAUAUGAUAGAAUAACAUUAUAGUAAAUUACUGGAAUAAUGUCACUGGAGAAUAAUAGAUUUUUAGAGUGAUGUCUUUUUUCAAUUAUCUGCCUAAAAUAUAAUACUGUGCAAAAGUUUUAGGCAGG